AUGCUACGCCCAGCCCUCGCCCUGCUGCUGGUGGCGGCCCUGCUGCUCACGGCAUCUGCCCGCGUUGCCCCCACCGAAGACAACUUCAAGGGCCGCCUGCUGCUGUCUGAGCCUUCCACCACCACCGCCGAGCCCGCCGCCACAACACCUGAAUCCACGUCGAUGUCGCCCACCGCUGAGUCGCUCGCCAAGCCGAAGCCCAAGCACUCCCCUAAAACGUCUCCGCACCCCAAGCCCAGGCACUCCCCCAAGCACUCCCCUACCGCGUCACCGCACCCCAAGCCCAGGCACUCCCCAAAGCACUCCCCAAAGCACUCCCCUACAGCGCCGGUGCUCACCAAGCCGAGGCCUGAGGACUCCCCCGCAACCGCCGCCGCCCCAGUCAAGGGCAACGAGGGCCGCCGCCUGCUGUAA